AAUAACAUAUAGUACUCUUUUCUUUUAAUAUACACGAUAGAACAAAUAAAGAAAAAGAAGAAGAAAAUGGUAGAAUGAACAACCUCUAUUUCUACUAAAAAAUAAUAUUAAAUCAUCAUCACAGAUUCACAGGUGUACUCAGUUGUUGUAUGCUCCGCCGUAAGACGCGGUUGUUUCGUCCAUGAGAGAGAAGAAAGGCUCCAAGCCUUCAACCUCUCCCUGUGCCCUUCUCAGAGACGCAUACCACAAUUGCUUCCACAGGUGGUAUACGGAGAAGUUCGUCAAGGGUCAGUAUGACAAAGAAGAAUGCGUCUCUGAGUGGCAAAAUUACAGAGCUUGCCUUUCUGAGCAUUUAGAAGAUAAACGUAUGAUUCGUAUAUUGGAAGGUGAAAAGGUUGUUCAAGAUAGUGCUGUUGCGCCUCAGUAACUUGGAAGAUAAGCAGCAUAUCACAUGUUUGAUGUAAUGACACAAAGAAAAUUGUUCUAUUUUCACUCAUCAAUUUUGUAGUAUUUAUAAUUUGUAACAUUGUUUUGUUUAAAUUAUAGAUCCUUUCUCAAAUUCAGUUACUUGUAAAAUUGAUUUUCCAAUACAUAUUUUAAGCAGUUGUUUGAAAAA